UUUGAAUAUAUUUAUUAUCCAAGUCAAUGGGACGAAUGAAUGCAAGGUGAAGAUAACGAACAGUGAUCAAUCUCAUAAUUCCUACAAGCAAUACAAAAUAGAUAGUUGGGCAAACACGGACCCCUGGACACACCAGAGGUGGGGUCAGGUGCCUAGGAGGAGUAAGCAUAUGAAUUAAGAUACCUAUGCUGGUUUCCAAACCUUCACAACCCUAAAAGAGAUACAUUGCUGGAUCCAAUAAAUGUUCUGCCAAGUACCUAUUAUUACUUCUCACGAAAAUAAUUACUACUGUAGAGGAGAAACUUCAAGCUUACUAUGUCGCAAUAUAUGCCAGAAAUGGUGUUAAACAAACAUGGAUUUUGAAAAUGUGUAAAGAACUUUAAGUGGAUUUGAAAUCUUCAAACUUUUAUCAAAUCAAAACCGUCAACAUGAAUGACUUUUCAUCCUUUAAAAGACCAUUCUUCAUGAUAAAUUAAAACUAGAUAUCUUAGACAGCUGCUUCUUCAAUAAGAAUGGGAAUAGGAAAUAUUCACAUCUUGUUAUAAGUCAUUCCUCUAUAACUACCACUCUGAAUCUACGCAUGACUGCUCUAAAGAUGAUAUAAAAAGAUACUCGAGUUCCUCAUAAAGAAUAUCUCCGUGGGAUUCCCAUGGACACAAAUAGUGCUUCCUUAUUAGUUGAUCUCUUUCAAAAAAAUAUUCAUAUGAGGUUGAAUGCAUUCAAAAGGUUUUACACGAGAAGAAACAAUUUUCUUGCUGUGACUUUCAACUCAAUAUUAGAUAUAUCGACGACGUUUCAUCUUAAACCUGUUCAAAAAGGUGAGUCAUCUCUUUUUGUGGUCUAACAUGAAAGGUGAAGAUAACGAACAGUGAUCAAUCUCAUAACUCCCAUAAUCAACACAAAACAGACAGCUGGGCAAACACGCACCCCUGGAUAUAGCAGAGGUGGGAUCAGGUGUCUAGGAGGAGUAAACAUCCCCUAUCCACCGGUCACACCCGAUGUGAGCCCUAUAUGUUGAUCAGGUAAACAGAACCAUCCGUAGUCAAAAUCAGUGUGCCACGAACGGUCUAACAAUCGGUAUGAAACACGUCAGACAGCAUUUGACCCAAUGAUAGGUUGUAUAGGCAAACUAGAUUGUUAUAACGACCAUAAAUUGUGCAAAUUGCUGAUUUUAAACGAGACUGUUGGAACCCUUGUACCAUCAACUUGUUUGUCAGUAUUCUGCUUCGAUCUAAAAACUUACCAUUAGCAGACCAAGCUCUUGUGUAUGGAAUCAGUUGAGAGAUAUAAACUCCAUGUGCAGGUGAUAAUGGAAUAUUGCUACAUAAAUAUGGGAAGUUGACGAUGGAAAAGCUGAAAUCAUCCUGUUUGUCAUAAAGUUGAUCUGUUAGUUUACCGUUAAUAUAUACUUUCAAUAAAAUAUCUAAGUAUGAAGCAUAAUUCGACGUCUCUGUGUUGUCUUUUAUUUCGAGUGCACUGCGAUAUAUCGAAUCGACAUAUGAAUGAAAAUUAUUAUUGUUAAUACAUGAUACGUAGUCGAUAUAUUUAAUGUAAAACUUAAAGUCUUAUAUGGUACCAAUUUUGAUGCAUCAGGUGCUCAUUUCGACAAAUAAUGUUUCUUCAGUGAUGCCCAAUCCGAAAUUUUGGAAAUUCGAAACGACAAAAAAACUUGUAAAUAUCGAAUUGAAGGCCACAGCAAAAGAUGUUUUCUUAUCACGUAGAAGUUUUUGAAUAAAUUAUGCUUCAUAGGAAUAUAAAAACACGUCAUCUAACAAGGAGCUCAAUUCGUGCCCAUGGGAAUUCCAACAAACUGUUGAAAGACCUAAUCACCAAAGACCUUGAAGAUAUUGUCAGUGAUGAACUCUGCAUAUUUCGUAUUUCAACUUCAGAGUACUUGUGCAUGGAAUCAGAGUGGCGUUUAGAAAAGAAUUGUUUUUGGACGACUGAUCACUAGAUAGGAAUAUUUGCGUUUCCCGUUUAGGUAAAAAACCUAUCAUGUCAAAAAGUAUAGUCUUUAAUUUAUCGUGAAGAUUGGUCGUGUAAAGGAAUGGUAGUGAUGUUGUUGAUUUGAGAAAAGUUUUGCAAGUUUAAGUUUACUAAAAGUUCUAUAGAAUUUUAAAGAAGAAAAAUCCACAUUUGAUUUACACCAAUUCUGGCAUACAUGUAGCUCUCUUGUCGUCGUAAUUUGAAAUAUUUUCUUUAUGUAAUCUUUUGUGUUUGUUGUACAUUCUAUGGCAUGAUAUAUUUGGAUGUUUGAAAACAGUACAUUAGGUCACCUGUAACUGUACAUUAAGUUGAAAAAAAACUAUCGAUUCUUAAUUUAAUGUACUGCUACAGGUAACUUAAUGUACUGCUACAGGUAACUUAAUGUACAGGUACAGAUAACUUCAUGUGCAGCUACAGGUAACUUAAUGUACGGAUACAGGUAAAUUAAUGUACAGGUACAGGUAACUUCAUGAACAGGUAACUUAAUGUACAGGUACAGGUAACUUCAUGAACAGGUUUUAAGUGCUGAAAGCAAAAUAAAGUGAAAUCAUUUUUUUUCUGCAAUGAAAAAGAGGAAAAUUUGGAUUUAAUUCACAUUUCAAACAUUUGUAAUAAAGCAAAAUGUGUCAUAUUAUUCACACAAAAUAUAUUGGUAAUGGAUUGAUUCCAUAAAUGGCUGAAAAUUUAUCCAUUAACAUAUUCUUUUCUUGAUCAAACUUUGAACGAGAAUGACAUGUUUCCUGAAGAAAUGUUAAUUUCCCUGCUAGUAGAUACAUUGCGAACAGAAUCAUCUUAAGGACAGGAACUACAACUUUUCAUCCUUUUCACACACUUUCCAUCAUCUGAAUCUGCCACAUUUCCACGGAUAAUUUCACCAACUCUCUGCUGCUGUUCAUUGUUGGUACGUUUGUAGGAUCGAACUGCAUUAGAUGUGUGGACCGUUCCCCACCCCCCCCGAUAAUUAGCUGUUUGUCAAUCCUAGCUUCAUACACGCGGGUUCCCGCUGUUGCUAUCAAUGAUUGAUUUGUAUAGUGUUCCUUGAAUCUCCCUCGUUCACAAAGAUUUGGGAUAGUUUUUGUCAACAAUACCCCUUCAUUUUCCCCUUUUGUGGUUGUGUUUUGAAAUGCCACUCAGUUUCCAGAAAAUCAAUUGAGUGCGUUACAUAAUAACCAUCACCUGGAACAGUCUAUUGAGUUAACAACAGAUAAAAUGUUUUAGGUAGGAUAAAGUCCUCAAACUGUCCAUUGUGUGAGAGAAAAGAACUACUCUCGGCGCUUUGGACCUCCAACAUUUCUUUCUCUCACAGAAUGGACAGUUUUCGGACUUUUUCCGUUACAUGUCUCCAAGAGAUCUACAGAUCCGCAGUAUAAACAAAUAAACAGAAUAUCACACGCAUUUGCACGUGGUUGUUUUUGCAUCACAAUCACCUUGUAUAGACGUAAUUUAUCUUUGUCAAACAUUCUCGGUGACCGAAAUAUGCAACGUAAUGACACGUACAAAAAUGUGGGAUUCAAUGAAUAUUGAUGAGUCGUAGUUUCUCAACCAUUGGAAGAAGAGGUCCGGGAUUGACGGUCAUAUUAUAACGGAUUUCCAGAGGUUACCUUCACUUGCAUACAUGCUGACUGCAGGGAAUCUACCUUUGUAAGAUAGACAACAUUCUGUAUUGGCGAUGAUGGGGCUGAGACGAAUUCGUAAAUUGCUCUUGAUGUUAACGUUCCUCGUUGUCCUUACGUGUUUCAUGAUUCACCAUAGAGUAUUCUAUACAUCUUCAUUACUGAUGACACCGAAAGAGGACAUUGAUAUGAUGAAUAUGUAUGUAACAUUUUCGGCAAAUUACACCAAUAAACGAUUGGAUAUGGCAUCUGAGAACCAUCCACGUUCUCAUCUAAAGCGUUUUGUGCAUGAGGUAGAUUGCCAACAAAUAAUUGACGGUGAGGAAGAGUACAUAUCAGUUGCCAACAGAACGAUGUCUGAACGGAAUUACACGUUUCCAACAGACAAAGAGAUAGGAGAUCUUGCACAGAAUUGUGAGAAUUUCUUAGAGGUGUACAAUUAUAAAUAUUUCUUCGUAUCGCCUGAAGAACUUGGUUUUCCCAUCGCCUAUACAAUAUUAACUUAUAAAGAUGCUGUUCAGACAGAGAAACUGCUUCGUGCUAUUUAUCGCCCACACAAUUUAUACUGCAUACACGUAGAUCAAAGUUCAGAUAAUACUUUACUUUACGCUAUGAAAUCCAUCGCUAAAUGUCUUCCUAAUGUACUCAUUGCUUCAAAAUUAGAGGAUGUGAUAUACGCAGGAUUUUCUCGACUUCAGGCAGAUGUGAACUGUAUGUCUGAUUUAUUGAAUAAGACAGAUGUUAAAUGGCGAUAUGUCAUAAAUUUACCUUCCCAGGCAUACCCUUUGAAAACAAAUUCAGAAAUCAUUAAAAUUCUUACAAUAUAUAACGGAACAAAUAGCAUAGAAAGUGUUUACGAUCAUAAUGCGAUCUAUCGAUUCAAUGAAACAUAUGUUGUCAAAAAUGGGAGAUUAAAGUCUACGGGGAAAAAGAAGGAUCCGCCGCCAUAUAAUAUCACUGUAGGAAAGGGAAGUGCUUACGGUGUGUUCAGUAGGGACUUCGUGAAUUAUUCUCUAAAUGACCUCAAAGCCCAGGGCAUUUUGAAAUGGUUAGAAGAUACAUACAGUCCUGAUGAGACCUUCUGGGCCACGCUAGUAUUUAACAAGCAUCUUAAUGUGCCGGGUGUUAACUACACAGGUGUUCCAAACAGGAAAUUGUGGAUAGCCGUCAGUACGACAUGGCAGGGGCCUGCUGAAGUCUGCCACGGAAAGUAUGUCCAUGACAUUUGCGUUUUUGGCAUGGGUGAUUUAAAUAAAUUGGUCUCGGAGAAAGAACUUUUUGCCAACAAGUUUUACCACGACUACCAGCCUCUUGCAUUGCAAUGCAUGGAAGAGUGGAUGUAUAACAAAACGAUAAAUACUAUACCUCUACAAACAUAUUAUUAUAGAAAUUUGAUAAAAUCAGUGCUGCAUUAGAAGUCUAUAAUAUAUUUUCCUCGUGGUUUAUCAUCAAUUAUACAGUUUGUAAGUAAUUUUGAUGUUUUAGUUACCCGAGGAGUACACCAUUCAACGAACCCGUUAUUUAUAACUAAAUUACAAGGCCUAAUGGAAAGUGAUUAGAAAUGCAAUUGUUGAUUGAACGAUCAAAAUAUGAUGAUGAAGCAUAUCCCAAUGAUGGAAAAAUCAAGUUGAUUUUCCCCAUGAAGGCAGAUAGAGGUGAACAUGAUAUUUCAUUUAUUUCUAGUUUUUGAGGUCCCAGCCAAUCAGAAAGCUCGGUAACACUUGAUUAUGUGGUAUAGCAUUUUCUCUGAAAGAGCGCAUAUUUUUAUGAUGUGGAUUUUGAAAUCAACUCUUGAAAUGAUUACCUGACGAGCUUAUAACAUAUAGCUAGUGACUCUGAACUUAAGUAUGGAGGACUUAAACUGUCCCUUAGUGACCAUAAAACCUUGAUUUUAUUUCGAAAAAUCAAACAUGAAGAAUUCAAUAAUGAUUUUAUCUUUUGUGCUCGAUUUCAAAAUGUUUUGUAAAAAUUGUAAACCUGUACAUGGAUCACUAAACAUUCAUUUACUUGUAUUUUCAUCGGAAGUAGUUUGUGUACCAAAAGUCUGGGAAAUUUGACUUGUAAAUCUUUAUACGUUGAGUGCAACCUCUGUGGUUUAAUUAAUGUUGGGGAAACUAAGGGUCCAUUCGAUAAAAAGAUAUCGGGACAUAUAUUUCAAAUAGAUAAUGGUGGAAACCAACUUAUCCAUAAACAUUUUAAUUCUCCAGGCCAUACCCUCUUGCCGAUAAUGGUCAGGAUUCUAGAAAUAAUUACCAUAAUACAAACAAUGGAACUUUAAGUACCCGUUUUUGUAGACAAUGAAAAGAACACUGGAGUUUGGCACUGCAUUCCCGUAUGGAUGCAAUAAUAAUGCAUUCAAUGUUGGAAAUUUGACUAAUCCACAAGGAAAUAACGAGAAUGUGUUGUUUUUUUUCAAAUACAAAAAGACGUAAACGCAGACAAAGACAUUGUUCAUAGUGUAGUCGGGUUGGGUAUUCUGAUUAGUUACAGUUCACUUCCGGUAACCUAUGACGUGGAUAAGCAUAUAUAUAUAUAUAUAUAUAUAUAUAUAUAUAUAUAUAUGUGGGAAUUCCCUGAGUUGACAGUCGGAACCAUGCCUUAGAACUAUAUUCACCUGCUUGUUGUCUUGUGUCAUUGUGCCUGUUGGUAACUAUGUAUUUGCUCUGUUGUAUGCUUUAUAUGUGAUAAGUAUGUUUUAAUGCCAUGCAUUAAGUAAUAAAUAUUGUAGGAUACGUUUUAGUAUACCUGACUUGUGUUUACACACUAUUGUCAAACUAACACAGCCAGUUUAACAACAAUGGCGCUGCGAGCUACUCACUUCGAGAUUCUCGCUUUUCUGGAACCUGCUGACCAUGCUAUAUUAACAUAGGCCAUUCAGGUGUAUUAUUUAGUGUUUUCUACUUUUUCACUUAGCAUUGUCUUAUUUCUUAUUGCAUAAACAUUGUGCAUACAUUCUUACAAUUUGUUUGGUGUUGAAGAUUUACCAUGCGUCUUCAGUACCUGAUAUAUGUGUACAUUGUUUUGUGCUAGAGAUUUUUCAGAGAUCUAUAGUGCAUUAUAUUUUUGCAAUUUUUAAAUUUAGUGCUGCUUUGCAUUCAUUGCAAUUGUAGCAUUAUUAGUGGUCAAAUUGCCACAACUAAUUUUAUAACUGUUUUCGAUUUUGCAUUGUUUACCUUUUGCAGCUCCGUUUGGACAGUACCUAGAUACGAUCUGCAGUUUCUGCAAUAAUUCAUUUAGUUGUAGAGUAUUUGUAGACUAUAUUUUGCUUCCUAGUGUUGCAAAUAUCACAAAGUGGGGAGGAAGUAUAGUAGAAGUACACAUAUAUAGUUAUAUUAUUUAUCUACAAGCUCAAUAGUACUCCUUUCAGGGCCGUAAAUUAACCUUCAAUUUGAAGGAGGCAGGAAAUUAGGCGGGGGUCUGGGGGCCGCCCAGGCCCCCAGACGCUGAGAACAUUUUGUGCACACUGAACACGUUUCGUGCAAAAUCCUUGAUUCUAGGGCCCUCUAAGAUGUUAUUUGACUAACUCAUUCUAAAAGAAAGAUUUGGAAUGCUUUUUAAGGGAGGUAUCAUGUUCUUAGUUAUUGGAAACAACAUAAAUUCUAAUGAACUUUAAAUUUUAAUUUUUUUUGGCUCAAAAGUUGGAAGAGGCAGCUGCCUCCUCCGCCUCCAUAUAAUGUACGGCCCUGCCUUUAGAUUAAAUAUAUCUAAGGUGUGGUUGUCAUUAGUUCAAUAGCUUAGUAAUCUUGCUUAGAUCGGUGUCAUCAGUUAUCAAUUUGACACAGUUGUUUACUUUAGUUAAAUAUAUUCAAAAUACGUUUUAGACACAUUAGUUAGUGAGUUAGUGCUCAGAUAUUCCGUGUGUUAGCAAUACCUGAGUUAGUGCUCUGACAUUCAGUGUGUUAUCAAUACCUGAGUUAGUGCUCUGAUAUUCAGUGUGUUAGCAAUACCUGAGUUAGUGCUCUGACAUUCAGUGUGUUAUCAAUAUCUGAGUUAGUGCUCUGAUAUUCAAUGUGUUCGCAAUACCUGAGUUAGUGCUCAGAUAUUCAGUGUGUUAGCAAUACCUGAGUUCGUGCUCAGACAUUCAGUGUGUUCGCAAUACCUGAGUUAGUGCUCAGACAUUCAGUGUGUUAGCAAUACCUGAGUUAGUGCUCUGACAUUCAGUGUGUUAUCAAUACCUGAGUUACUGCUCUGAUAUUCAGUGUGUUAGCAAUACCUGAGUUACUGCUCUGAUAUUCAGGGUGUUAGCAAUACCUGAGUUAGUGUUCAGUCUUUAUCCACAGUUGUGUAUCAAAACUUAGUAUUUUCUAUAUAAAGAGGAUAAAAAGCUGUGGAAAGUAUUAUAUAUUUAUCAAGCAGUACAAUACUGGUUUUCAUCCAACUAAAACAACUAACAAACAAUUCCUAUGUUUUAGUUCUUAGUUUGGCAUUCGUGGCUUUGUAGGCGGAUCUUAGAAUCAAUGUAGAUCUGAUAAGUUAACUUCAAUAGGAAUGGUGGUAUUAUUCUACCAUGUAGGUUUCAUUACGUUCCAUUAAAGUGUGCAGACACUGCAUGUUUGCAUAUCUUUGGAAAUGGGUGCAUUUUCUUACACUCUGUAGCCAGUGUUUUAUGCACUGUUACUCUUAGUAUAUUUUGUAUUCAGUGUCCUAUAUACUGAAUUUAUUUAGUUAGUUUCUAUAUUUUUGUUUAAUAGCCAGUGAUCUAUACACUGUUGGUUUAGAGAUAUAGUAGAGUAGUGCUCUUACUUUUAGUUUUUAUACUUUAGUUUUUGAAAGUAUUUAAAAAUAACUGUUUUGUUUAGACGGUUUUCUUAUAACUCUGGUUCUUUACGAAUAACUGUUUCGUUUAGUUUUCUUACAAGAGCUAGUAGUUCUGAUGUGUUAUUUAUCAGGCUUUGGACUAGGUCAGACAAAUAGUAGAUUACUAUUAUAGCAGUAUGUUAUCUAUUUUUGGACGAAUUCAAAAAUGUUAGUUUUUGUCACUCUCUUUGAGAGACCAGUAGUUUAGACCAGCUAAAACCAUUGAGUUUUGAUCAAGAGCCUGCUCUGGAUAUUUUAUACCAGUCCAAAGUUUAGGUAAUAUCCAAUCAAGUUUCAGACUUAAGACUUAGACCAGUUUAUUGUGAAAUGUAUGGUGUCCAUCAUGGCUAUUACAAUCAAUAUGCUAUGCCCCAAAGCUAUCCUGCACAAGUUCAACUGCCACAGUAUAUACAUUACCAGUUCACUAUGCCGCACUACACUUAUGCACCUACAGUCAUGCAACAACACCUGCAUCCCUACGAAGUUCAGCAAGCUAUAUAUACAAACAUGCAGGUACCACAGUACAUGUAUACACAACAUGCCAUGCCACAGAACAUGCAACCAAACAUGUAAUACAUGGAAACUGUGCCUCAGCAACAAGGGCAAUGCAUCCAGCCAUGCACAUGCAUCAAUUGCAUUAAGACACAAAACCUAAAUACAACAGUGACCUCUGACCACACAGUGGGAAUACUAUCAGAAUCACACACUCCCACUCAAAACAUUGAAACAAAUGUGGUUAAAAGCUCAGAAUUGCUAGAAUGCAAUGUCAAUAUCACUGUGCCAGUUUCUUCUAUAUGCAGAAAGUCAAGUCCAAUACCAGACAGUAUUGCUGGAAAGAAAGAAAGGACUGACCAUGAGCUUGAAGGUAACAGGACAGAUAUUGAAAUACAGAGAAAUCUACCUUCGGUUGUGAUUCCCACGACAGUAGACACAGAAGUACCAGUCACAUUGACUGACGCUGUAGACUGUCCCAUAAUGGUUGAGUCACAACAGCAAAGGUGCUCAAAAAUCGGAUCUAAUUUGUCAAUGAUGGAUCACAAUGCAGUAAUUGGUUCGCAGUCAAGUUCAAUAGGAAUUAUUUCCUUGAUCUUGCAGAAAAAAUUGUUGGCAAAUUGUUUCAGAAUCAACAUCGUAUCAAUUUAGAUGCAAGGGAGUCAACAAUUUAUCUUGCAGAAACAUUUGUUGGUAGAAUGUUUCAAUAUCCAACACUGAGAAUAUCAAGUGCAAGAAAGUUGACUUUAUGUCUUGCAGAAACAUUUGUUGGUAAAAUGUUUCAAAACUGCGUAUGUUCCAUUCAUCCAGAGACAAAUCACGAGCUUGUCUCAAAGGUCAGUUCAGCAGCUGAACCCGAGACUGAACCAGGGUCUGUCAUUGACGCAUGUGCACAAAUACAGUCGCCGGCUCAUCGUACUGUGCCUGUCAUGCUUAUCAAUACAGACUCUAUGGAGCUAUCGCCACAGCCUGCUGGAACAACGGUCGCAUUGGCUGUGCUACCAGUUAAGCUUGGCAGUAGUUGUGCACCUAAAGACUGUAUGGAGCUAUCGACACAGCCUGCUGGAACAACGGACGCAUUGGCUGUGCUAGCAGUUAAGCUUGGCAAUGUCAUGGUGGAGAGGAAAACGGUACAUACUAACAUCAGUAUACAUGCACACUUUCGUCCGUAGACGGACACAAACACAUCUGCUCGAUCAAGGCCACUUCCCAAACAUCACUUCAGGGCUCGCACACAUGCAUUGUGUUAUGUGCCAUAUACUCAACACAACUAUAGCUUCGGCUUGCCUACUGAGAACAAGUGCUGGACUGUACCUUGGGUUUACCCAGAGUGAACUUCAAUUUCAUUAGACAAAAUGGUCUUCGUCUUUACCAAGAUCUACAGUCUCUGGCUGUGAACAUUACAGUAUAUGUCUGUGUUUAUUUUGGGUUGUAUUUUCUUACAGUCGCUGGCUGUGAACAUUACAGUCUAUGACUGUGUUUAUUUUGGGUUGUAUUUUCUUACAGUCGCUGGCUGUGAACAUUACAGUCUAUGGCUGUGUUUAUUUUGGGUUGUAUUUUCCUACAGUCGCUGGCUGUGAGUAUUACAGUCUAUGGCUGUGUUUAGUUUUGGUUGUAUUUUCCUACAGUCGCUGGCUGUGAACAUUACAGUCUAUGACUGUGAUUAUUUUUGAUUGUAUUUUCCUACAGUCAAUUUCUGUGAAUAUUACAGUCUAUGGCUGUGUUUAGAAUUUACACCUGACUGUGACGACAGUAAAUGGUGACUAUUACCUGGCUGUGACUACACAGUAAAGGGUAACAACCGUCAUACAGUGUCUGACUGUAUCUCGGUUUAUCACAUGCAGUCUCUGACUGUACAUUGUUUUACACACAAGAGUCCCUGGCUUUGUGUUUAAUAUUGUCUCAAGAAUGAUUUUGUUCCAGUUUGUGAAAUUCUAAAUUAUGUAUAUUCUCAAUUACUGAAGAUCAACCUCAAAAUAAGAAAUAUUCUAAGUUUAUAUUUCAUUAUUUCAUAGCCUGAGACCAUGUAUAAUUUAAUUUUGAAUAUGCAUAUGAUUGUCAUUUAUACAAAUAUUGUUUAUAUAUUGGUGAUAUUUUCUAAAACCCAAUUUGUUUAAAUAGUGGAGGCAAGUGUUAAAUAUGUGACUGUAUUAAUUCACUUUAUGUUGUCAUUUUGUACAAAUCAACGUCUCCAUAGAUUUUGUCAAGUGGUAUAAUUUUGCUUUCACACACUGUAUUUUUAUUUAAAAAAUAUUGUAAAACAGGCAUUUAGUUUCAGAUCAGCGGUGGAUCAUGGUAGACAACAACCCCUCUUCGUUACUAAUUCCUAGAGCUGUGAUGAACAUUCAAAUGCUGUGAUAUUCGCAAAUAUUGGACAGUGCUGAAGAAACAGUUGCGUGAAUGACUAUAAGUCGACUUUCAAAUUGUAGGCGACUUUACACGUACUUCUUAGGAAUCACUCCAAAAUUCCAUAUUUGUGGAACUUAUAAAACGGGGAGGAGUGUAGUCGGGUUGGGUAUUCCGAUUAGUCACAGUUCACUUCCGGUAACCUAUGACGUGGAUAACUAUAUAUAUAUAUAUAUAUAUAUAUAUAUAUAUAUAUAUAUAUAUAUAUAUAUAUAUAUGUGGGAAUUCCCUGAGUUGACAGUCGAAACCAUGCCUUAGAACUAUAUUCACCUGCUUGUUGUCUUGUGUCAUUGUGCCUGUUGGUAACUAUGUAUUUGCUCUGUUGUAUGCUUUAUAUGUGAUAAGUAUGUUUUAAUGCUAUGCAUUAAGUAAUAAAUAUUGUAGGAUACGU